CAGCCCCGUAUCCGUACGUCACAUCACGAUCACAUCCCAAAGUGGCGGUCUCGAAAAAGAUCCGACCAGCCGAUACUCGUCGAAAAAGACGGGAUGAAACGCGGAGGCCGAGAGAUAUGUACGGGCAGAGAGGGGAGAGAUCUUGACAAGUCCUUCUGGAUGCAUGCACGGAACAAGUAGAGGACAGAGCUGGGAGGACGGGAAGACGGGUAAAGACGAGGGCGAGGCGGAAGUUUGGGGCACCUGGCCUGGGCUGGUUUUGUCUGUGAUGCGAGGUCCGACCGUAUUCGUCUGUUCUUUUCUUUUGUGCCGUGGUCGUGUCGCAUUCAAGUGCGGGCAUGUACGGGUUGAGGAUGGAAUACGCGAAUUUACGUUUGUGAUACGGGAAGAGGGAGUUGUCGGUUCUGUAUCCGUUCCUCACUCUGUAGGUGCCGUUUUGAUUAGGAUCGAGAUUUUGAAGCGGAGGCGCCACGGUCACGCGCGGAGUGCGAUUUGCGGCUCUCACGAAGGGUCAUUGAAAUUGAGGAUCACUAGCGUUCUGACGGCAGCGACGCAAAAUAGAAAAGCGACGGUCUCGUUCUGGAUGCGAGGUGUCGGAGCUGGCAAUUGGCUGAUGCAUGUCGCCAUCGCACGGGGAGGGGUGGAAAGGGACGGGAGGAUGGGGAGCCAAGGUCUUGUCGAGCUUACACAAAGUAUUCGUACCUCUACAGCAAGGCACCUCAUGGCGAGGUACAGUACAAAAUACCUACCGUACUCCGUACCUCGUCGAGCUCUGAAGUUUGCACAGCAUCCUGCUUUACUAAGGGGUCCAGUGACAGCCAGGUGUGUUGAGUAGUCAAGGCUUCACGGGAGUUUAGGCGGUGUCAAGGACUGUGAACAGACAUUGUUUGUGUGAUCAAAUGCAUGGCGCAAAGUCCCGAAAAAGUUAUUUGUUGUUGGACUUGCACAGAUGAAAAUAGGGGUAUCUCACAGAAAUGUCUGUGAGACCUGGUUGGGCGAGGUAAUAGUACAUACAGCACCUCAUUAUAAGGUACGACGUGAUAGAGCCUAGA